AUGACAAAAGAAGCGCUACUAGAGAUAUGUAAACAAAACCAACUGUAUCGGACGCCUUCCUUAAACGACAAGCUUUACUGCAACUUUAAGGGCUUUUCGCAAAUUGCUUGCCUCGAAGACUACGUUAACCUAAAGGCCUUAUUCCUGGAGGGCAACGUGCUGGAGAGUUUGGAGGGGCUACCGCCGUUGAAGGAACUUAAGUGCUUGUAUGUGCAACAGAACUGUAUCUAUAAGAUUACCAACCUGGAGGCUGUGGAGAACCUGGACACCCUUAACAUCAGCAACAACCAACUAACCUGCUUAGAGGGGCUGUCGUGCUGCAAGAACCUUCGCACCCUUAUAGCAACGCACAACCACCUGGCCACGCUGGAGUCGGUUGAGCACCUUGCAGAGUGCACAUCAUUGCAAACGCUAGAUUUGCAGAACAACCAAUUGUCAGAUCCGGCUAUCCUCGAUAUCCUCAAGCAGAUCCCGGAUCUGCGCUGCCUAUACUUAAAAGGCAAUCCAGUCGUCUCAAACAUCCGGAAUUAUCGCAAGGUGAUCAUCACUAGCAUUCCUACCCUAACAUACCUCGACGACCGGCCAGUGUUCGACAAUGAGCGCAAAGUCGCUGAGGCAUGGUAA